CUGCGGACCCGCGCGGAGCGGCGGGAGGGCGCCCGGCGGCGGCAUGGGCACGCUUGCUCUGACGGCGAAUUGAGGCGUGCCGGCGUUGGUGCCAGAGCCAGCGCGACGGAGCACGGGCAGGCGAGGGACCCCGUGGCGGGCAGCCGGGAACGCGCCCCAGCCUCCAGGGAUGGCCGAUAAGUGCAACGAGGGGCUGCUGAACGGCGCCGUCCCCGGCGAGCGCAGCAAGCGGGACGAGAACGUCAAGCGCGGCAACUGGGGCAACCAGAUCGAGUUCGUGCUGACCAGCGUGGGCUACGCCGUGGGGCUGGGCAACGUCUGGCGCUUCCCGUACCUCUGCUACCGCAAUGGCGGAGGUGCCUUCAUGUUCCCCUACUUCAUCAUGCUGGUGUUUUGCGGCAUCCCCCUCUUCUUCAUGGAGCUCUCCUUCGGGCAGUUCGCCAGCCAGGGCUGCCUCGGCGUCUGGAGGGUCAGCCCCAUGUUCAAAGGCGUGGGCUACGGGAUGAUGGUGGUGUCCACCUACAUCGGGAUCUACUACAACGUGGUGAUCUGUAUUGCCUUCUACUACUUCUUUGUGUCCAUGACGCGCGUGCUGCCCUGGACGUACUGCAGCAACCCCUGGAACACGCCGGACUGCACGGGGGUCCUGGACGGCAACGUCAGCGGCGGCGCCGCCCUCAACCUCACCCGCCUGCUCAACACCACGCAGAAGCGCACCAGCCCCAGCGAGGAGUACUGGAGGAAGUACGUGCUGAACCUGUCGGAUGACAUCGGGAACCUGGGCGAGGUGCGGCUGCCCCUCCUCGGCUGCCUCGGCGUCUCCUGGGUCGUCGUCUUCCUCUGCCUCAUCAAGGGCGUCAAGUCCUCGGGAAAAGUGGUGUAUUUCACAGCCACCUUCCCCUACGUGGUGCUCACCAUCCUCUUCGUGCGCGGCAUCACGCUGGAGGGCGCCGUCACCGGCAUCACCUACUACCUGACGCCCCAGUGGGACCGCAUCCUCGAUGCCAAGGUGUGGGGCGACGCGGCCUCACAGAUCUUCUACUCCUUGGGCUGUGCCUGGGGCGGGCUCAUCACCAUGGCUUCCUACAACAAAUUCCACAAUAACUGCUACCGGGACAGCAUCAUCAUCAGCAUCACCAACUGCGCCACCAGUGUCUAUGCUGGUUUCGUCAUCUUCUCCAUCCUCGGCUUCAUGGCCAACCACCUGGGCGUGGAUGUCUCCAAGGUGGCCGACCACGGCCCCGGCCUGGCCUUCGUGGCCUACCCUGAGGCCCUCACGCUGCUGCCCAUCUCACCUCUCUGGUCUAUCCUCUUCUUCUUCAUGCUCAUCCUUCUGGGCCUGGGCACUCAGUUCUGCCUGCUGGAGACGCUGGUCACAGCCAUCGUGGACGAAGUGGGCAACGAGUGGAUCAUCCGCAGGAAGACCUUCGUGACAUUCGGUGUGGCCGUGGCGGGCUUCCUGCUGGGUGUCCCACUCACCACACAGGCGGGGAUCUACUGGCUCCUGCUGAUGGACAAUUACGCUGCCAGCUUCUCUCUGGUCGUCAUCUCCUGCAUCAUGUGCGUGGCCAUCAUGUACAUCUAUGGACACCACAACUACUUCAAGGACAUUGAGAUGAUGCUGGGCUUCCCACCUCCGAUUUUCUUCCAGAUCUGCUGGCGCUUCUUCUCGCCCGCCAUCAUCUUUUUCAUCCUGGUCUUCACAGUGAUCCAGUACCGGCCCAUCUCCUACAAUGACUACGUCUACCCUACCUGGGCCAUCAGCAUUGGUUUCCUCAUGGCGCUCUCCUCUGUGAUCUGCAUCCCCAUCUACGCCAUCUACAAAGUGUGCUGCUCCGAGGGGGACACGCUGCUGGAGCGUUUGAAAAAUGCCACCAAGGCAAGCAAGGACUGGGGCCCGGCGCUGGCAGAGCACCGCAGCGGGCGCUACGCCCCAGCGUUCAGCCCCUCCACGGAGUGCCACCUGGAGGUGCAGCCCCUGCACCCAGAGAAGGCCCAGAGCGAGGCCGCGGCUGCGUCCCCCGUGCUGGGCAGCAACGGCUCAGCCCACAGCCAGGACUCCAGACUGUGACCCCCUCCGCCAUCCCCGCACCCCCUCUAACCCCUCCCGCGCGGUGAUACUUUAGCACCUUCCGCUGGCGGAGCCUGGCUCCGGGCUGCACCGGACUGCGGGGGGCUCUCAGCGCCUGUCCCCGAGACCCCCUACCUCCUCUCCGGUUAAUCUUCCCCCCCCACCCCCACCCCCCCCGUGGCAUUUUUUAACCCUUGUGUUUACGGUAACCAUUGGAUGCGACGCUGGGACAAGAGAGGAGGGGGCCCAGCCCCGGGGAGGGCCAGGAGCCAGAGGCACUUUGCAGGGGCCCUGCCCUGUGGGGCAAGCGGCCUGGGGCUGCGGGAGCACCGGCUGGCUCCCGGCCGCCCUGCCACAACGAUGCGGUGGGCUCGGCGGCCUGUCCCCGCCGUGGGGCAGCGCGCCGUGAGCAGCGGGCCCAGCGCCUUCCUGACGCGAAGCUAGAGAGGGCGCCAGGUCGGGCCUGGGCCUGGGGCAGGCAGGCGCCUCGCUGCCCCCGGGGUGCUGCCUGCACGGGGGUGGCGCACAACUGGUUUCAGGGUUCAGUUCUGCCUGUGGCUGACCCAUACUCCGGGCAAGGCAUGCGCAGGGCAGUUGUGUGGGGUUUGGCACUAUGUAGACCCCCCCCCCCACACCCCCCCAGGUGGGUACCAGCUGUGGCUCAGAGCCUGCAGGGUCCCACGGGUGGCCCUGCACGGCUGGGACAGUUCUGAGAGCAGGGCUGGCACGGGGAGACGGGGUAAGUGCUGUGGCAGGGCUGCGAACAACCGCUGCCUGCACCAGCCACGGGCCCUCAUAGCACACGAGACAAGCACUUAGGCACACGUGCGCACGCAUGUGUGUAUAUGUCCCUUGCAGACAUGCUACGCACAUGGCAUGGACACGCAUGCUGCACACGUGUGCAUGCACACGCACAGUACUCCCGCGGCUGUGCAGGAGGCGUGCUGUGUGUGUGUGUUUGCACGCACCCACAGUAUGCCCCCCCAUCCCCAUACAUAUAGCACUGUACCCCACAUCAGCCCCCCCCCCCACCCUACGGGGUGGUGUGGGUACCCACAUGGGUGGCCAGGCAGGACCAGCAAAGCUGGGAAUAGCUGUAGGUAGCAUGAGCAUGGCUCCAUGCUGCUCCCUGCCCCACAGUGGGGCAGGAGGGCUGGAGAGCACUUCAGGCCUGGCUGGAAGUGACAGGGUGAGGACAGGGCCCGGCUCACCCCAAUAGCCUUGGCAUGACCCGGCAGGGAGGGGGAACCUUCCAUGGUGCUAAGGGGGAGCAGGAUGGACUGGCCCCCCAGCUGCUGCUAGCGAGAGGUACUAGAGGAGCCAUGGAGGGGCUGAGCCAGCCCACUCGCUCCGAGCCAUCUGGGGACGCUUGGUCUCCAACCAGUAUUGUGGAGCAGGAUGCACUUGGCUAGGCCAGGUGGUCUAAAAUCUGUCUUCCAGCUACAGCCUCUUGGCUCUAGCUCUUGAUUUGGGGUGGAUGGGGCGGGACCUUUCUCACUCCAGUUUGUUCCCUCCCAGCCAGCACCACACACCCCUGUCAGGGUCUGGAGCCACAUGGCUUGCGUACAGACACAGCGCGGCUCGGAAGGGACACGGAAAGCACCAGGCUCGGGGGAGGGGGGGGGGGCAGCAGGGCGCUGAGCCCCAGCAGGACGUUCCAGUUCCCGUGGCCCCAUCCUGAGCCCCCCGUGCGAUGCCGUGGAGAGGCGCAGUUUCCCGCAUGGUGCCCGUGCCCUGCCCCACGUGUCACGACGCUACUGUUCACCUCUAAUUGUUAGCAAUAACGCGCGCGUUCCUGGGUAGCGCUGCCUGUGCCAGUGUCUCUCCCGGUGUAGAGUUCUAAAGUAUCCUAGACUUUAAUGAGAUUUAUAUUCCUGA